GGAGGAAUCGAGAGUCAGUUGGCAAACACACGCGUUUGGGGCAGUGCGCGCUUCUAGAAUCCAUCGCGGUGCGUUUUGCUCGAAAAGAUGCGCCUUCCCGACAGUGGCCGGCAGUGAGAUAAUGCAGCUUUUUCUUCUUCGGCCGAAUUGUGGUGCUAAUUGCGUUGUUGUUCGACUUUGGACGGCCCAGCAGACUACGGGCUUUACCUAAAGUGCUUGUUGAGAUUUGAAUUAAAAACUCGUUGGGGAGGCGCGAUCGCGGGUUUUGAGUGCAGCAGGUGGAUGAGAUGCACAAGGUGGUGCUGUUCGACCGAAAGUACAUGAUCCACCCCCACGUGGACACGCUGAAAUGCGGCCUCAGGAAUCUCUUGUUCGAAUCAAAUCCGGACAUGGACAGAGAUGAAAACGACAAUGCGGACACAGAAGAUGGUAAAGAGAGCGAUGACACUUUUCAGGGAUUGUUUAGAAAACGGAAACGGCGCAACAGCAAUGUUGUGACCGAAUCGUCAAGCGUCGCCCCGCACGUCAAGGAACCCGAACCCGAAAACAAAAAAUCGAAGCGUCUCUCCCUCGCCUCACUCUUCACCACGCCCAAAAAGCCAGUCCUGAAAAUCGGAGCGUCCCUUCAGGGUUCCUCUGGCAAGUCGGAUUUGGAUGAGCCGAUCGUGCGCAAGAGCCUCCUGCGUCGCUCCUGCAGCAUCCUGCGUCCCUCGAUGGGCCCGCCGCCGGUGCCCUCGGCACCGGUCAAGGUCACCACCCCGCAGAGGCAGCGGCUGACCCGCAGCUGGAGCCAGUCGGUGGCUUGCCUGAGCAGCUCGCUGACCACGACCGAGGUCAAACGCCAGGAGGCCAUUUACGAGUUGUACAUCGGCGAGCACGGAAUGGUGCAGGACCUCGAGUUGAUCAAGACAACAUACCGCAAUUCCCUGCUGCAACUCAACAUUCUGACCGAGGAGGAGACCGAGUGCAUCUUUGGCGACCUCGACGCCCUCCUGCAGCUGCACUCGAACCUUCGCGACAAAUUGCAGGCCGUCCGAGAGACCAGUGGGGUCAUCCGGACGGUCGGACACGUCCUUUUGCAAUGGGUUCCGGGUUUGGAAUGUUACAUGAGUUAUUGUUCAAGACACGUCAAGGCCAAGGCUGUUUUGGACGAAAAGAAGGACAAAAAUAAACGCUUUCAAGAUUUUCUCCAGAGGUGCCUUGACUCUCCCUUCAGCAGGAAAUUAGACCUCUGGACCUUCCUUGAUUUUCCUCGCAAUCGCAUCGUCAAGUACCCGAUUCUGAUUGGCGAGAUUUUGAAGCACACCCCUGCAACCCAUCCGGACAGGACGAUCCUCCCUCAGGUGACUCCUCUGCUCAACGCUCUCCUCCACAAAGUGGACAAGGCCAUGGGCAUGGCCGAAUGCAAACACACCCUCUCCCGUCUUGUCUGGAACCCUGAAGUCAAAACCCCAGAAUGUGACUUGCUAGAGUCAGCCACUGCCGUUUUGUGCGAGGGGGACCUUCGAGACCAGCGCGGAACCAAAUUGCACUGUCUGUUGUUUGACGUGGGCUUCUUGGUGACCAGGGCAGUCAAGCAGACUGACAAACUGACAGUCCUGUGGCCUCUGAUACCAGCAGCUGAACUUGAAACUGAUGAAAUUGAACCUCUUCGAAAUAGCCGCAAUUCUAACCGGUGUUUCAAAGUGACCUCAGCCGACUCAUCCGCAAAUGUUUGUCACCUCUUCACGACGACGGAUGAGCAUUCCAAAAAGCGGUGGAUGGACACCAUCAAGCAGGUGCUGCAGUCCACCCUGCAGGCUCAAAACACGGCCACGCAGCGGCCUCUCGAGGCGGCCGUCAAGCGGCGCAGCAUCCAGACGCACCGGCGCAGCAUCAGCGACCAGGCGCUGGUGACCUCCUCGCCCGUCAAAUGAAGGCAGGAAAAGUGCUAAUCAAUGUGGACCUUGGCAGGGAAAUUUAAACACCACCAGGGCACGGCCUAAUUGAAUCAUUGUAUGCAAAUUAUUCGAAAGAAAAGACAAUACAGGUUGUUUAUGAUCGAGGUUGGUUUUAUCUCUGUAGGUUGUGUUGCAGAAAUUGGGUUAGUGCAAAAAAUUUAAAAACUAUUUUUCCGAUCAAUAAAAAAAAAUUGUGAUCCCUGCGAUCUUGAAGUCAAAAUUAUUUUGCCCAGUCUCUCGAAUAAUGUAAUUUUUAUUGACUCCGGGCCUUGCAUGGUUGAAAUUUUACAGGAACUCAAUCUCGGCAAGACUUGGUGUAAGGCCUCAGAAGCUGCUUGUUUGUCAAUUUUUUUCUCUACUAAAUUAAGGCUUAUUUUAAUAAAUUGAUAUUAUAUUUUUGGUCAAAUACUGUUCAGCCUAUAAUUAAGUAAUUAGUUUUUACUUCUGUUGCCCCAUUUGAGGCGGCAACAUCAAGCUCCCCCAAGUCUUUCUGUUUGUAAAAAUAUCUCUACGGAUAUUACAUUAAUUAAAUGUCUCUUAUUCUUCUGUCUCGCAACGUCUUUUUGCACAUGAUGUAAAUUUAUUUCAUUCUGUCGCAGUCGCUUUCGUUUCUGUACAAAAUUAUUUGGAUGCUGCCUAAUGAAAAUUAAGACUAUGCAGAGGAAUUUUGCUGGUUGGCAAAAAUGUUGUGAAUAAACAAAUUUUGAAAUGUAGUACAAUGUUUUAACAUUUUAGUAUUAGGAAUUGUUACCAUCUUUUCUAACAAUAAAUAAGACAAAAUAAUUAAAAGGA